AAACAACGAGUGAGUAGUUGAAAGGUGACGCGUCCAGUGUGUUGUUUGUUGGUAAAAUGUCGGCACAUGACGAACUUAUCCUGUGUUUGGGAUUUCUGUGGAAGUUGCUGUUCCACCUGCUGUUUGUGUGUCUGCUACUGUUUGCGCUGCUGCUCCUGCUGAUUCUGGCAGUGCGUUUGUGGCUGAAAAGCAAAAGGAACGCUCGAUUUGUAAGAACCGGACAUCCUGUGGUGGCCUUCUUCCACCCCUACUGCAAUGCUGGUGGUGGGGGAGAGAGGGUGCUGUGGUGUGCAAUCAGGGCUCUACAGCGAAGGUACCCGAACAUUGACAUUGUGAUCUACACAGGCGACUUAGGUGUUUCAGCCCAAGAGAUUGUGGAUGGGGCACGGCGCAGAUUCAACAUUGUACUACCGCGGCCAAUUGACUUUGUGUUCCUGAGGCUCAGAAUUCUUGUGGAGCCCAGCCUUUUCCCUCACUUCACCCUGCUUGGGCAAAGCAUGGGCUCCAUCUUUUUAGGAUGGGAGGCACUCACAGAAUUCGUCCCUGAUGUUUACAUCGAUUCAAUGGGAUACGCUUUCACUCUGCCCCUUUUCCGCUACCUUGGAGGAUGCAGCGUAUGCGCUUAUGUCCACUAUCCCACCAUCAGCACUGACAUGCUAACAGUAGUGAGAGAAAGAAACCCCAGGUUCAACAACCCAGGUUACAUUUCUGAGAGUCUGUUCCUGAGCGCCCUCAAGAUGCUCUACUAUUGCUUGUUUGCGGUGUGUUAUGGCAUGGCCGGCUCCUGCAGUGACCUCGUCAUGGUCAACUCCUCCUGGACACUUGAGCACAUCCUGUCACUGUGGCAUGCCUCCAACCGCACCAAUGUGGUCUACCCUCCAUGUGAUGUCAGCUCGUUUCUGGAUGUCCCACUAGAAGAGGAUGAGGACCGAAAGUCUCACUCCAUCGUCUCCAUCGGACAGUUCCGCCCCGAAAAGGACCAUCAGCUGCAGAUCAAAUCUUUCAAGAAGGUGCUGGAUCGGCGGGGGGACGCCAGUGGGGGCAGGGAGGAUCUGAAGCUGGUCCUGAUUGGAGGUUGCAGAAAUCAAGAAGAUGAGGACAGGGUACUGAAGUUGCGAGGCCUGUGCCAGGAGCAGGGUGUGGCUGACAGGGUGGAGUUUAAACUGAACAUACCUUUUGAAGAGUUAAAAAGCGAGUUGAGCGACGCAACUAUUGGACUGCACACCAUGUGGAAUGAGCACUUUGGAAUUGGUGUUGUGGAGUGCAUGGCGGCAGGCAAAGUGAUUCUCGCCCAUAAGUCCGGUGGCCCCCAGCUGGACAUCGUAGUGCCUUUUGAGGGAGGACAGACCGGCUUCCUUGCCGAUGACGAGGACAGCUAUGCUGAGGCCAUCGAGGCAAUCCUCAAUCUCGCACCUGCCAGCCGCCUUCAGAUAAGGCGCACCGCUCGCCAGUCAGUGGCUCGCUUCUCAGAUCAGGAGUUUGAAGUCUCUUUCCUGGCCGCAAUGGAACAGUUGAUGGGUACACUUGAACGAUGACAAGGACUACAUUUUUGUGUGUUAGAGACAGAAAGAUUUGAAACUUUGCACUUGAGGGACCUAUGUGGCACAUUCCAUAAGUGUUGUUUCUAACACUUAGUAUAAAAACAAUUUGUAAUACAGUACUGGGUUCUUUGUUUACAACUGUUUCAUUACGACAAUGGAUUCCACAGUCAAUCAGUAAGCAACGCUAUUGCAGUACAUACAGUGUAUCACAAGAGUGAGUACACCCUUCGCAUUUCUGCAGAUAUUUAUAUCUUUUCAUGGGACAACACUGACGAAAUGACACUUUGACACAAUGAAAAGUAGUCUGUGUGCAGCUUAUAUAAUAGAGUUAAUUUAUUUUCCCCUCAAAAUAACUCACAAUAUAGCCAUUAAUAUCUAAACCCCUGGCAACAAAAGUGAGUACACCUUUGAAAAAACGUACAUCCCUAAUUGUCCAAAUUGAGUACUGCUUGUCAUUUUCCCUCCAAAAUGUCAUGUGACUCGUUACAGGAGUGCUGUCAGCAUUGCUGCAGAUAUUGAAGAGGUGGGGCGUCAGCCUGUUAGUGCUCAGACCAUACGCCGCACUGUACAUCAAACUGGUGUGCAUGGCUGUCAUCCCAAACCGCAAACAGUUUGCUGAACGCAUGUCAACAAACCACAUGGAUUACUGGAACCAUGUCUUAUGGUCUGAUGAGACGGGCGGGCUUACUUGUGUACCGUCUUCAGAAGAGGGAUGUACGUUGAUUGCUACAGCUCUCUUAGCAACUACGUUUACUACAUGAGCAAGAUAUCCUAUUUGUGGUCCGAAUCCAUCUGUGUCACAUACUGAAUUAACAAUAUUUGCAGCAUUAUCUAUAGUCACUGGUAUGGAUUGAUUUGGCCUUCUUCCAUUCAGUCAUGGCGGUUUAUAAUUCAUCGAUGUAGUGUAUGGACUACGUGUCCCAUAAUCACUCUGGGCUCACGUAGCCAAUAGCAUGGGACGUAGUACAUCUAGUUUGCUAUUUCAUGAUAUCUAGUGUGUGCGCGCAUGAAAAAAGUUAGCAAAUGCCACAGAAGUCACGUCAGCUCAUUACUGCACAACACCAGCAUAUGACAAUCGACUUUCAUAAACGGGAUGAGUUUGAAGCAUAGCGCUCUUAAUUUGCCUCAUAAUGUUCAUCAUCUCCGUUGUCAAAGCAAGGUUGUUCGUAGCAGCCAAGUCGGUAACAAUGUUUUGGCGGACUUCGUUGUAAAUAUCCGGUGUUGUGCCGAAAAAUAGCCGCCCCGCGUGAAAUGUCACCCCUGACGGGAGCGCCCACACGUCAACAACACCGGCACGCCAGAGAUGGUCCGCAGUCAAUCCGGAGCACUGACGCGGCCGGUAUACGUUGAACAAUAGGAUAUAAUGGGAACAUUUGGCUCCGGCGCUAUUUUUUUGCCGGACCUGGAACGAAGAUGCAUUUUGUGCAGUUGGUAACAAGGAAUCCGAACUUUUAACAGCACAUCUGCUGCACGCGCGCGUGCACGUGAGGCGAUAAAUCGCAGCGGAAAAAUUACCGCCUGCCUUUUUAUUUAUCGUGCGAUAAAUGGAAUUAUUGCAUAUUGCGACAGGCUUACUUGUGGCCAUAUGUAGUAUUGUUAUGCUAAUGUCCAAACUAGUGCAUUGCGCACCUUUCGGAAACUCAGAACUGUUCCAACAUAACAAAUGUGGAAUAAAACAAAGUGGGACAAAAUACUGUAUGAAUGAACUGUAAAAUGUUGGACUGAUUUUUUUUUUUUAUUGGUCCACAUUUUGUAAAUAUAGACUUACCAGUCAAAAAUGGAGAAAUGACUCAGUCCUGUCAGAUGGCAGUCAUUGGAUGCAAAUUUGUAAAAAUAUGUUUAAAGUGACUAGCAUCAGUAGUAGUUCGCAUUUUAUCCCGUUUAAAAUAUUUCAUAGAUGGCACACAUUUCUCAACCCAAUAGACAUAAAGUGGAGUUUUACCUAUCUCAGUAUUGGAAACCAUAUUUUCAUGCUCUUUGGCUAUGUGCUUCAAUACAGCAAUUUUGGUUACGGCAAAUAAACUUUUUUUUUUUCCUGAACUGCGGGAUUACACACUCUCCUUAUCUUUGUCUGCUUGGUGAUACGAGUAUUACAGACCUUCCAAAUGAACCAGGUGUUAGGUUAAUGUGUGAUAGUCGGGACACUGGCAACCAUAAUAAUAAGGAUAAAUAUGGGUCCCACUUGUCUUUUGUGUGGUGCCUCGUCCGAGUAGAUGACCACGGUGCCCAUGGGCUCCCUCCCUUCUUUCCCACGGAGGCUUCCUUGCUUUUUUUCCCCCUCUCCUUCGUGAAGAUGAAGGUGAGCAGUGGGGCAGUUCUCCAAGUGGCAGCAGCUCGACAGCAGGUAACUGAGCAAAUCACACACAGGAUCAUCAGCAGACGGCCUCUCAGCUCCAUCAUCAGACUGUGGUGACACCACAUCACGUUCACCUCACAGUGGUGAUGAUAAAGAGUCCAAAGGUCACAAGACGGUUUACCGUUACAAGGAACGCUGGAAAUAAUCUUUACUGUGAGUAAACCUACUGUAAUGGGUUUGUGUUGAAAAGGCAUUUAACCACACUCACUGGUGAAGUACAUUUCCCAGUGCAGUGCGGCAAAAAAAAAUAAAAUUGAGCAAGAAAUCAUCACACAAGAACACACACACUGGUGUUUUUCUUGCUUAAUUUGUGUUUUAGUCGGAAGGCGUACUUGAUGGAACACCGAGGAAAAACAGACUCGGGAGAAACCUGUCUCCUGCUCAGCUUGUGGUAAAAUAUUCAUUAAGAAGGGCCAAUUAAAAAGUCACACAAGAAUACACACUGCUGGUGAGAAACCUUUCUCCUGCUUAUUUUGUGGCUAAUUGUGAAAGGAUAUAAGUGUCACGGACUGUCACAUAAGAACACACACCUGUGAGAAAACCUUUUCCUGCCUAGUUUGUGGUCAGAGGUUCUCUGAGAAGGGAAGUCUAAAAAAGUCACAUAAUAAUACAUAGUGGGGAUAUACCUAAUUCCUUUUCAGAGUAUGGCCAAAGAUUUGCUUAUAAAGUAUCUUAAAAAAUUCACACAAGAAAACACUCU